CGAAAAUGAAAGCGUACAGGGCAGCAUGCUUGAAGCUAGGUUAGCUCCCCACCAACGACUGCUUCCAGCCCUAAAGCCCAGCCUCAGUUUCCCCACCGCCCCCAGGUCUGUGAUGAGCCACCAGUGCCAUGGUGAAGAGCUGCUCGGCUGUUGGAUGUGCAUCGAGAUGUUUGCCCAAUUCCAAGUUACGAGGACUAACGUUUCACGUAUUCCCCACCGAUGAGGAGGCCAAAAGAAGGUGGGUGUUGGCCACGAAAAGGCUCGAUGUGAACUCUGCAGGUAUGUGGGAGCCUAAGAAAGCAGAUGUGUUAUGUUCGCGCCACUUUAAGAAGUCAGACUUCGACACAAGAGGUCCCAACAUCAGGCUCAAACCUGGAGUCAUCCCGUCCAUUUUUGAAUAUCCUUCUCGCUUCCAGCAGAGACGAGGAAAAGUUCAUGGCAGACGAAACACCCCGCUGAAAACACUGCCAGUAACAGUUCAUAACCACCAGCUUGUGGAUUCGUCUUCCAGUACAGGAGAAUUUCAUUCCCAAUUCAUCUUGGAGCACAGUUACAGCAUAAUGGACAGUCCAAAGAAACUGAAGUGUCAAUUAGAUCAGGUAAUCAAUGAGCUCGAAGAGGCCAAGGAACAUCUGAGGGACACUUUAGACAGAGAACGACAACGCAGAGAAUCACUGAGGACGGUGAUCCAGGAGCUGGAGAACAAAUGUCUAAUCAGCCCCGAAACGGCUUGUAAACUGGAUGUUUAUUGCUGGGAGUGGUGUGAGGCGGGCACACAGGAGAAGACUAUCACCUGAAGUAACUGCAGCAGGAA